UGAGGAGGAGUGACACACAAACUGCUUUUUAUUCAGCAAGCAGCUCUCUGAGGAUCUGACAGAGCCUCCUGCAGUCACUCUGUGAACACGCUUCUCCCUGACAGACCUCAGCGUCUCCAGUAAUUCACUUUCACAUCCACAGCAGACACGCUCUCUCUUCCUGGACUGGGCUUUUUAAACUCCUAGCAGGUGCUGGGUUCUCCUGGUGAUGACCUCAAUCCUGUGCCCUGGCAACACUUACGCUGCGAUGAAGGACCUCUCCUCGUCAUCUUCUCCUCUCACCACCCUCCUCCACUACUCUUCCUCCAAGCCCUCCGUCGUGCCCUUCUCCUCUUCGGUGGGUCCCGCCUCGUCGCCGGGGGUCUCGCUGUCAGCCGCGCCGCUCUCCAAGCCGCAGCCGUUCUGUCUGCAGACAGGUCCGCACCUCAUAGCCAGCAUGCAGCUGCAGAAGCUCAACUCUCACUACCAGAGCCUCGCCUCGGGGGUCUCCGCCGGCCACUCGGCCCCCGGCGGGGCUCAGAAAACCUUCGGGGGCUCGCCGCUGAGCACGGCCAGCCCUCUCCUGGGGCCCUCCGGAGGCCUCGGCAGCGGCGGGAACAUGGGAGUGGGGAUCGGUAUGGCAGGCCAAGGCUCCGGAGCGGCCGGAAUUAUCGACUUUGACCCCGUGGACGAGGAAGUUCUCAUGUCUCUGGUGGUCGAGCUGGGUUUGGACAGAGCCAACGAGCUGCCGGAGCUCUGGCUGGGACAGAACGAGUUUGACUUCAUGUCAGACGUCCCGGCUGGAUGCUGACCAGCAAAAAGAAAAGGACAAAAACCCCGCACAAACAUUCGGAGACAGCGGAAUUGAUCGACAAAGGGAGAGAAGGCUUCUCUCACUGUUUCGUUUUUCUCUCCCCUAACUUUCUUGGUUGAUACAUUCGAGGAGAGAGUUCAAGAGAUUCACGGCACCUUCCUGUUUCUGCUUUACUGUCAUGGUGUUACUCGUGGACGGGAAAUUCUACAAUAAAGGACCUCUCUCUUUAAUUUGUUUUGCGAGUUUGUUUCACUGUGACGUUCUCACUCGAAGAAAUACCCAAAGCACAUGCGGAGUAUGUCCUCUUUUGUUCACCAUUGCAUCUCUGGGCCUUAAUAAAAACCAGUUAACUGAUGCGAGACGACUUCAAAGAAACACACGAGUCGACCUCUCAGAGGCCGAACUCUAAAGACGAGUAAAACGCACCUGUCGGACCUGGGUCAGCGCAUAAAGAACGUGAAGAAAAGUGAACCAGGACUUCUACAAAAAAGGACGACAAACACUACGCUUCCUGCUUUCUUAAUAGACAAUAUUGAGCCUCCGCUCUCAUGGAAAAGAGACUUCAGCCUCUUUGGCUUCACAAAGAUCUGAUUGUCUGAGAACUGGUUAUCUCCAAAUACUUCUUUUUUUUCUUUUUGUUUGAAUUUAGAUCAAGAAGUUGUGCCCUUGUUACUUAAGACAGCGGCUGAUAUCCAUCAGGUUAGUCCUGGACAAGGGAACCUUCUAUAGUCGCUGUUUUUGUGAACAUAAUGAAUCAGAUUAAGGGACGUGGAAGCUUUAGGAGCAUGUGACAUGAAUGCGGUAAAAAUAUGUGGAGCACAGCGCCACUGAAACAACUGGAGCCUUUUGGUCAAUUCUUUGCCAAGUUAAGCUAAUGCAAAGCAUUUAAUCUGUGGACUCAAACCCCAAAAUGUUCGAUUCACACACCUUCAGCGUCAUGGGUUUUCUACUUUACUGCUUGGAUAACUUUGCUAAAACGGCUUUUAUCAGCUUGUGCUAACUGUAAAAUCACUUUCCUUCAUGUUUCUGAGGAGGUAGCAUGCUGCUUCAACAGUAUGUGUUUACACACCUUUGACCCAGAGCAAAAGAUGUAGAGCUAAACUGUCACAGUAAAUGUCAAAAUCAAGAAAAAAACUGUUUUUGGCUUUGAUUUGGUGUCAUAUAAAGACCUUGCAGGAUUAAUACCUUAAUCGUGCUUUGUAGCGAUCAAUGACGUUUUACUCUGGCGGGAGCAGCCAACAGCACACACUGUUAUCUAGAGGACUGAAACCACUUGCCUGUUGCUGCACAGAUCUCUCAUCCUUCAGCCGUUGAAUCGCCGACCUCAGAGGGCGUCGUCCAGUGAAAUCGCAGCGGCUGCGCCUAGUUCACUCAGCUCAAAGUAAAUGGGAUCUGUUAAAGUAUGUGGAGAACUAACACUCGACUCAAACUUCCAGAGUUCUCUGUUCUUUCUUUGUUUUUAAAAAUAAAAGAAGUUACGAUGA